CAGCAAGGGUCAUUUUCUAUCAGUCUUCAUAAAAAAUUAGUUCAGAUUUCAUGUUCUCGAAUUUUGCAAAAUCGUAAAAGUAACGCGACAUUUUUAAUAUACAUGUAACUGCUUAGUAUUAAGCUCAUUUAAAAGAAAAAAUAAUCUAAAUCUCUAUAAAAAAUUAUUCAAAAUGGAUUUCGGAACUUUGCUGCAUGUGGCAAAGAAAAAUAGUGAAAACAGUAAAAAUGAGGGUAAAUAUUAUAGCACUAAAUUUGCUCCACCGAAAAAAGAAUCAAAGGAGAAGAAACUGUCGGCGAACAUACAAAAGUUUUUACAAAAACGUGAGCAGGAGGAGCGUGAACGAGAAAAAGAAAAACAACAAAAGCUUGCUAACCUAUUGGCAAUGCGAGAUGAGAAAUCAAAAAAUAAGAUAAGAAAAAUGCUAAAAGUCACAAAAUCUGCCAAUAAAUCGGUGUUGGACGAUGCAAUAAAUACAGAUCAUACAGCUGUUACGAUGUCCGGACCUGAGCAGCCCGAUCAGGAUGAUUAUGGAUAUGUUUCAACCGAAGCAAAUGCUUUUUAUGCAAAAUAUAUAGAAAAGGUGAAAGACGUAAAAGAGGACAAAGGCUUUGCACCAAGUAGACCUCAAUCGCUAAGAGACCUGUCAGGAACAAAGGAACGGGUAAAAGCGGCCAUUACACGUGAAAUUGAAGAAAAAAGAGGUCUUAAAGGACAAAGAAUAGCGCAUGGUAGCACUAGUUUAAGUAACAGUAUUAAGGAACCCAGUAUAAGUCGAUCAAGUUCUUCCAAACCUCUUUAUGAUCCUGAGGCAGAACGGCGUGAAGAGGAACGAAAAAAACGAGAAGAGGAACAAAAUCGUAAAAAAAAUCGUAAACCACCACCACCUCCAAUGGACUUUCAAGCUUUACUGAAAUUAGCUGAGCAAAAACAGCAUGAACCGGUUGAAAUAGUGCCAGUUGUUAAGAAAAAAGAGCCAGAACGUUUGUUGACAAUGAAGGAGAAGAAGGAAAUGGAGGAGCGACAGCGGGCUAAGGAAGCACGUGAACGCAGAGAUCGAGAACGAGAAAAGGAACGCACUCUUGGAGCCAGUUCGGGAAAAGAACGCCGAGAAAACGGUACGGCGUCGUCGAAUGCGCCCAAUCGAAUGGAACCAAAUGGACGUAUCCCAAAAUUAAACCAAACCAAGUCUACGCCUACAACGACAGCACAAUCCUCAUAUAAUAAAAGUUCUGCUGUUAAGUCUUCAACUAUUGUUAGCGGGACUAAUGGUAUUAAAAAGCAACAUCCUUCCUCCGCAUCGACAUCAAUAUCAUCACAAAACGACAUAUUGAGUUCACAUGCGAAGAGUACAUCCGCCUCAGCUAUUUCUUCAACAAGUGCCAAACAAUCUCAUUCCGCUGCAUAUAAACCUUCGUCAGUUAGUACAAAAUCGGGUACCAGUGCUUCAGCCAGCAGCAGCAGCAGCAGCAGUAAGAAUCCUUAUGGCAGCUCGACGAGUAAGAAUCCAUAUAAUGGUGCAACUCGCGAGUUUCCACCCCGUGAUAUGAAAUCUGUGAAACCGCGUCAGUUUCCUCCUCCAGACGUGCAAAAGACGCGGCAGUUUCCACCGUCUGAUGUGCAGCGCAAUCGCGGCAGGGAAACAAAGAAGCCACAACCAAAUAAAAGACUGCGUAUUGAAGAUGAUGAUUCGGAAUACGAUUCAGAGAUGGACGACUUUAUUGACGAUGGUGAUGAAGAAGAAGAUGUUUCAUCACAUAUACGUGCUAUAUUUGGCUAUGAUAAACAAAAGUAUCGUGAUUUAGAUGAUGAUGAUGAUGCUGCUAUGGAAUCCAACUUUGCGCAAGUGCAGCGUGAGGAAUAUAUUAGUAAAAAAAUAGGAAUACAAGAAGACUUGGAGGACAUGAAAUUGGAGGCGAUCGAAAAACGUCGCAAGAUGUUGGCGAAAAAGCGAAAACUAUAAGUUAACGCAUGAAAAGUACUUGAGUACUUGAGUAAAAUAGUUCGCAAUAUCAUUAAUUAUUAUGUAACUACAAUUUAAAUUAUAUUGGGUUAAUUGGUUGUUUUUACUGCUUUCCCCAAUUUAUACAAACUUUGUUAAAAUUUUUAUUUGUUUUUAUUGUGAGAAAUGCUUUGCUUUCAAUUAGUCUAAACUAGCCACAAUAUUUUUAUAUAUUACUGUACAUAAACAUUUACAUAUGUACGUUUAUUUAAGAUUUUCGCUAAAAGUUUAUUUGAAUUGUAUACGUAAAUACAACUAUUAAAAGUGAAAAAUAAAAUUUUGCAAUUAUUAAACAAAAAACGUUAUUUCUUUAUCAUUAUUGUGAUUUAGCCCAUAGAGAGAAUAUACGCACACACAUAAGAAGGGGGAAAUACAAAUAUAUUUAUCAACAAAGUGACAGCAUCAAUUGCCGCUAACAUUGUAAAGCACAUAAUUAAGCUUCAACUUCCAAGGGGUGCGUUGUGUUUGUAAAUCACUAGUUGGUUUUGUUCUCAUUGGAACUUGUUACAUACCCAAUUGCCGUGGGAGCGCCAGUUUACUUAAAAUAAGUUAACUGUCAAAAUGUCAUUACCAUCAAACCCAAUUUGUUGGAAGUUCGGCCUAUUUUUGAACUUUUGUAUAUUUAUUGCUCAGUGCAUACAAUUGGGCAACUCUCAGCUUAUUUCCGAGGACAGUCGACAAAAGAAAUGUCAAAACGAACUGUCAAAUAAUUUACCUUUUCCGCAACAGCAACGUAUUCGUUCAACUUGCAUUUUCCACCGCGUGUGCGUUUUGUGCUUGGUAAUACAUUUUUUUGCAUUAUUUUAUAUAAAUAAAAUAAGUGAAUAUUGAAUGAAAUAAUACAAAUAGCAAUCAACUAUUUCUAUAAGUAGAGUAGUGUGCUAAGUGAGUGUAAAUUUAAAGUGAGAAAUAAUUUGCAUCGAACGAACUAAAAAACGGGACUGCAUCUGUAAAAAAAAAAAACAAUAUA